AUGAAAAUCCAGCCCGAUCCGCCUAUACUCGUCUCUCUGCACCAUGCUCCAUCUGUGAAGCAGGUAAUGGGAGAAGCUUCAUUCUUCAAAGAUUUGGAGAUUCCUUGUCUUCCAAAUGGACCAGCAGAUCCAAGGGAACAGCGGUCUUGUGCUUAUUCCAAUAGAUGGUACGCAGAUCUAGGUUUGGGAGAUUUUGAGAGUGGCGGCAAAGGUUUGGGAAAGGGAUGGGAUGAUGUUGGUGGAGAAGGGGCUCAAGCUCCAUACUUCUCUUGCGAAGCGCAUUGGAAGAAGAGGUGUUCCGUCGUCUCCAGCUUGCCGCAGUGGAGACAACACGCUGUUUCCAUGAGUCCCCAGUUGAGGAGGUUUUCACCUAUAGGUUUUGCCUCAUGCCCAAGUGUCCAUUGGAAUAACCGUGUCCCAACCGUCUUUGCCUCCGACAUACGAGGUAGUCGGCCUUCGGGCAUGGGUCACGUCGAUGGCUAG